AUGGCAAUGGAGGAUAUUGGUAAAGAGUACUUCAACAGUUUGUUAUGGAAUUCCUUCUUUCAAGUUGCUGAGAAAGAUAGGUUCGGAGAAAUCAAAGUGUGCAAAAUGCAUGCUCUUGUGCAUGAACUUGCAUUAGCUGUUUCAGGUACUAAUGACUGUGCAGAAGUAAAGGCAGACGAAAUUUCAAAUGUAUCUGAUGCGAGACGUUUAUGGGUUUUUGAUUCUGACAAAGAAACAGAUGUGCAUUCACAUUCUUUUGAAAACGAGAACAAAUUACGAACUGCUUUGACGAACAUCGAAUGUGUUUUCAUUUUUAAUAAGCAUUUGCGAGUGUUAGAUUUAAGCAAGGCUUACAUUCCAGAAUUUCCGCCAUCCAUCAAAAUCUUGAAAAAUCUACGGUACCUUGAUGUUUCAAAUCCUAGAAUAUGUGUAUUACCUAAUUCCAUCUGCAGCCUCAACAACUUGCAAACUUUGAAGGUAGGCCCAAGUCUCUCACAGCUUCCGAAGGACAUGAAAAAGUUGAUUAACCUGAGACAUAUUAUAAUGGAUAAUCGUGUCUGGGGUGAAUUUCCAGUAGAGAUGGGUCGAUUAAGAUGCCUCCGGACGUUACCAUUAUUUAGAGUAGGCAUAAAUAACCGGUGUGGUAUCGGAGAGUUGGAAAAGUUAAACCAUCUUGAAGGGGAUUUAAUGGUCUAUAAUUUAGAGAAUGUCAGAGAUUGUAAUGAUGCUGUGAGAUCAAACUUGAUGGGGAAGGAAAAGAUUUGCAGAUUGGGUCUAUUCUGGAAUCGAAGAAACGGCAAUGGUGAAUGCAACGAUGAGGUGGUGCUGGAAGGACUUCAAUCUCACUCCAAUUUGAGAUCAUUGCAAAUAGGUAACUCUAUGGGCUUGAAUUUUUCAGCAUGGAUGACUAGCAAGAUAUCUUCGUCUCUCCGAAACCUGGUAGAGAUCAAUUUACAGGAUUGCAGAGGCAAACAGAUUCAAGGGUUUGGACAGCUAGGAAAACUGAAAAGGCUCACAUUAUCUCGAAUGUCUGAUCUAGUAGACUGGGUGGAGCCACCACCAACAUCACAUUUUCCAUCAUUCCCUUGUCUGGAGAACCUGACUAUUCAUUUGUGUUACUAUUUAAAGACGACGCCAACUUAUUUUCCUUCACUGAAGUCUUUAACAAUAGCAUACAGCGAAGCCGGGACGAUUGGUUGGGAAACCUCUCAUUACUUCAGAGAACUUGAUGGAUGGUCACAUUCGAGUUCACUGCCUCACCAGCUUCAGAACCUCACAGCAUUGCGUGAGUUAGCACUGCGGAACUUGAGGGAUUUAGAGGCUUUGCCUGAUUGGAUAGGAAACCUCAAGUCUCUUGAAUACCUGCAGAUGCAGUUCAUCCGCACCUCACUUGCAACCGCCAAGGAGGAAGUAUUGAUGGCUAAGUCAACCGGUUUGGCUACUUGGUCAUGUUGA